AUGAGUCAAGCCUCGGAUUACGAUGAGGAUGAAGUGAUGAAGCUCGUUGGAACGGCAUUUGAUGGUGCCGCGGACAAGCCCGGUAGAAAAAGAGCCUUCUCGAACGAUGAGCCGAUGUCUCAAAUUGAGUUCCAGCGAUGGACUGCGGGACUAUUGGGUGAGGAAUAUGAAGAGAGUGAGACCAAGUCGGGUCAAUCGACGUUACCUGAUGCUGGUACUGGAGCUGGAGCUGGAGCUCAUGCUGGUGUUGAAGCUGGUGUUGGAGCUGGCGCUGAUGCUGAGGCUGUUGCUGGUGCUGGUGCUGGUGCGGCUAUUGUACCUGCUGCUGCAUCUCCACGUCCGACCCAGCCUUCCCACUCAACCUCGAAAAUCGAUCCUGACCUCGGAUCACUGGAUGAUGAAUCGUCGUUUGUUCAAGAUGCAAUCAUUGAUGCUAGAGUAUUGGCCAAUAUUGGAGGUCUGGGUCAAGAAUAUCUUAGACAAGCUACUGAUAUAAGACAUACUCCCACUCCAGAAGAAGAAGUACAACAUUUGGCAGUUCAGGCUGUUCGACAGGCUGUAGCAGAUGCUGGAUCUGGUAAUAUAAAGAAGCAGCAUUCUUCUGGAUUGGCUAUUGAGUCUGAGGCUGGAAUAGCUGCUGCUAUGGCAGAGGCAGCAGAACAGGUGGUUAGAGCUACUUCAGGGAAGUCGGGGCGUGAAAAAGACGAUGAUCACAUCAGUUUACUAGUGGAUGCAGCUGCUGAAAGAGCUCAUAAUAUGCUACCGGAUGGACAUCACGGGAAACGAUUUUCGAACGAUGAAAAGAAGGCUUUGGACAGUUUUGUGAAGGAUUAUUGUAAGAUCAAAGGGUUGACCGUGGAUGACAUUAGAAAAAGAGUAUGGGGUAAUAAGAGAAAGAAGGACUCGUUUUGGGAGAUACUACAGAAAGUCCUACCAUCCAGAAAUCGGGCCUCGUUAUAUAAGCAUAUCAGAAGAACGUACCAUGUGUUUAAAGUGAGAGCCACUUGGAAUACAGAAGAAGAUACGAAACUAGCAGAAUUGGCAGAAAACUUUCAAGGGAAAUGGAAACUAGUUGGUAAAGAAAUGGGCCGAAUGCCGGAGGAUUGUAGAGAUCGUUGGAGAAACUAUAUCAAAUGCGGUAGUAACAGAAAGAAGAACAAGUGGGAUAUUCAAGAGGAGAUCAGGUUGAAGGAGGCGAUUAAAAAAUUUGAUGUUGAUGGUACACCUAUUAACUGGACACAGGUGAGUGAGAUGAUGGGUGGUACACGGUCGAGAAUUCAAUGCAGAUAUAAAUGGAAGAAGAUUAUGAAACGAGAGACAGUAAUGAAGCUACGAGAGAUGGACUUAGAUACAAAAGUAUGGUUAUUAUCAAGGCUGCGAGAGAUCUGGUACCACGAAAAGGAUGAUCUGGUAGAUUGGGAUGCAUUGGCUACUGUUUUUCCUGGAAAGAAAUGGACUGGAACUGACUUCCAAACAUGUUUCGAUAAGAUGAGAGCUUCUGAGAAUUUUAGAGGUAAGUCUUUCAUCGAGACCGUGGAGGUAUUGUUAAAGAGUGUUACACCAUCUUCUGAGAUACGAGAGCUACUGAAUACUACUUCUAAGGGUGAGCACUCCAAGAUACCAGGAUUGGUUCUGAAAUCUGACAUUGUUAAGAAAUGA